AUGCGCGGCAAGGAGAACGUGGAGUGCUUCAUCCUGUUUCCAGAGGGCCGCGUGUCGCAGAUCCAGCAGCAGCAGAUGACGAGCGUGCUCGACAGCAACGUGCACUGCAUCGCGGUCCAGGGCACGUUCGACGACUGCCAGAACAUCGUCAAGGGCCUUUUCGGUGAGCUGGACUUCAAGAAGGCCUAUGGCCUCGGUGCGGUGAAUUCCAUCAACUGGGCAAGGAUUAUGUUCCAGAUCACUUAUUAUUUCUAUACGUAUUUCCGGCUCUUCCCAGGCUGCGAUGGUAGUAUCAGCUUCAGUGUUCCCACUGGGAAUUUCGGCGACAUUUUGGCUGGCUAUUACGCUAAGAGGAUGGGGUUGCCAGUGAAGCACCUGGUCAUUGCCACUAACUCGAACGACAUCCUCCACCGAUUUUUCCAGUCAGGUACGUACGAGAAGUAUGCUGUCAUCCAAACGAACACGCCUUCGAUGGACAUCGGCAUCAGCAGCAACUUCGAGAGGUAUCUCUAUUACUUGAUGGGCGAGGACCCCGCCAAACUGGCAGCUGCCAUGAUGGCCUUCAAUCAGACGGGCAAGCUGCAGGUGGACAAGCAGGAGCUUUCCCGGGCCCGCCAGGACUUCUCCUCUGGCUGCGCCCAGGAGGAGGUGGUCAUUGAAACCAUCCGGGCCUACGACGACAAGUUCAAUUACGUGCUAGACCCCCACACUGCCUGCGGAGUUUCGGCCUGCGACCAGCUCCGCGGCAGCCUCGGCUGGGAGAGCCUUGAGAAGCACGAGAUGGUCGUCCUGGGCACCGCGCACCCCGGAAAGUUUGGCGAGGCCGUCUCGCAGGCGACCGGCAGGACCACCGUGCUGCCCCCUGGGCUGGCGCGGGUGCAGAACGCUCCCACCCGCUUCGAGGUACUGCCGAACUCUCAGGACGACGUGCGGGAUGCCAUCGUCAGCACGGUGUCCAGGAGAGAGGGCAAGCAGAGGGCAGCCUGCCAGUGCUGGUCCGGCGCCCUGCGCCUGCUGCUGGGGCGGGCGCACGCGUGUUCCAGGACUGAGGACUUCAUGUCGGAAGGACUUGAGACGCGCGCCUUCGGGACCUCGCCCGACACCCUCGAGUCGAAGCUGCUGGACCGAGGGUACCUCUCGCUGAAGACUGACUCAAGCGCACCACGCGGAAUGGUCCUCCAGAUGGAGAGGCCGUUCUCGUACGGCCGGGGCCUCGAGGAGCGCCUGCAGCUGCGUGACGACCCGUUGCACAAGCUGGUCAUGUGGCGCGCCAUCCGCCACGAGUUCCUCUUCCCGAGGAGUAAGUUCACGCGCGGCGAGGACGCCAUGUCCCUGCGACCCGAGCUCGGGCUCUUCAGCUUCGAGGGCUACCUGCGGGCCCGGCUGGGAAAGACGGCGGUAGACGUUGUUCAGGUCGACGGAAGCACCUGGCUGCUGACCCUGGCAGUGCUGGCCGAGGGGUGGGGCCGCGUUGCUGCCGCUGCGAGGCCGCCACGUCGGUCCCCUCGGGGCGCCGCCGCCGCGCUGCCGCGGCGCUGGGGCGGCUUCGGCCACCGCCCACCAUGA